AUGCAUGACUACUUAACAGGUGGAUUCACUGCAAAUACUACCCUGUCUCACUAUUGCCGCGAUAAUGGUCUACUUCUUCAUAUCCACCGUGCAAUGCAUGCAGUUAUCGAUAGACAAAAAAAUCAUGGUAUGCACUUUCGUGUAUUAGCUAAAGCCUUACGUUUGUCUGGUGGAGAUCAUAUUCACGCUGGUACUGUAGUAGGUAAACUUGAAGGAGAAAGGGAGAUUACUUUAGGUUUUGUUGAUUUACUACGUGAUGAUUAUAUUGAAAAAGAUCGAAGUCGCGGUAUUUAUUUCACUCAGGAUUGGGUUUCUUUACCAGGUGUUAUCCCUGUUGCUUCAGGGGGUAUUCACGUUUGGCAUAUGCCUGCUCUGACCGAGAUAUUUGGAGAUGAUUCUGUACUCCAAUUCGGUGGAGGAACUUUAGGACACCCUAGGGGAAAUGCACCUGGUGCCGUAGCGAAUCGAGUAGCUCUGGAAGCAUGUGUACAAGCUCGGAAUGAGGGACGUGAUCUUGCUCGCGAGGGUAAUGCAAUUAUCCGUCAAGCUUGCAAAUGGAGUCCUGAAUUAGCUGCUGCUUGUGAAGUCUGGAAGGAAAUCAAAUUUGAAUUCCCAGCAAUGGAUACUUUGUAA